AUGACCGACCUCCUCUUCCUCUUUCUCGUCUUCAUCCUCCUGGGGUGGCUCCUGGUGGAACAGGACGCCUUCACGAUCCCCGUCGACUUCGACGUCGACUUGGCGGCAAGUCCGCAUGCCUUUCCUCAUCCCCCCGGCCAUUACCCUCUCUCGCCACCCCAUGUCCCCAAUCCGUCUCCACCUCGUCUCAAUCGGCGACUCCGGCGUCAAUUGUCUCGCUCCCGCUCCCGUGUUCCCGCCUCCCCUGCACCUCCGCUGCCUCCCACCUUCCUAUCUCCUGCCGUUUCUGCGUUUGCGGUCGACACGCCAGUCGUGUUGGCCAAGGACAAGUUCGACACGUUUGUGGAUGUCGAGUGGGAGGAGCGUUUCGGUACCAUGAGGCGUGUGUUUGACCCCCACAAUGGGUGGGUGUGGAAGGCAUUGGCACCAGAGAAGCUGACUGAAAUGAGGGCGUUGGCGGAGAAGGGCAUGGGGCCGUUGUGUGAUCCACGGAGGCGUGCAGGCGCUGUUCCGGUUGUCGAUCCCGCUGCUGGGCGUGGCCCAAUCCCUAAGACUCCCACUCCUGUUCCGGCUCCUGUUCCGGCUCCUGUCCUCUCUCGACCUCCUCCUGUGGUUGCUGCUGCCCCAGUUUCUCUUUCUCCGCCUCCGACUCGCUCCGUUCUGGACAUGCUCGCCGGCAUCCCGUCGUUGUCGUUUGUCCCAGCAGUUCCCGUUUACCAGCCACUGCCUACCGUUGGAAUGCCGCUGGCGGCCUCUUCCAUUGGGAACGCUUUGGCACCGGGUUCUCUGGGGCAAGCGCCUUCGACGGCUCCUCCCCCCUCCCCUCCUUCUCCUCCUCCUCAUCCUCCGGUGGCAGCAGCACCACAUUCUCUCCCUCCCCCUCCCUCUUCGGCUCCGGCGGUCGUGGCCCCUCCUCCUCCUUCCCUGGAAGAUGCGGCACCAGUGGCUACUGGUCAGCCUCUGGUGUUUGCCCCGGGCCCGUCCUUCCCCUCGACCGCCUUCCCUCCGCCGGCCGAUCCCUCAGCAGGGGCUGAGGCCCCUCUCUACGACCCCUCCGGCCGCCGGGCCGUCCUCACCACCACCAUUCCUCGACCUCCUCCCCGCACUGGUGCGCGCGCUGGUCGCCGCCCAGUUGCUCCCCGCCCCGCCGCCGCCGCCACCGCCGCGAAACCCAUGCUCACUGCCGAGCAAGUCGACGCCAGAUCGCUGGCCGAGACGCCCGCCGACCUCGAUAUCCCCAUCACUGACAUCGCCUCGUUGUUUGCCUUCAACAACGCCGAAUCCCUGUCGAUGACUCGCUACGUACCUGGCUGGCCCCUCGCCUCCUUCUCUGACCUGCUUGGUGUGCGCAAGAACGACUUGCGCGACCUUGUCAACGUCCUUCGCUGGCAACUCGGCUCUGACAUGUCGCAACCCGCUGGCGGGUCUCCGGCGUUGUCUUGCCUUGUUGACGCGUUGGACAAGGUCAGCGAAGUGGUGGAGGGGUUCGUCGGGUAUGCGGGUCAGAAGACCUGGGAUGACUACCACCAUGGCGGAGUCAGGAGUUGGGCGAGGGCGGUGAGGUAUGCGAAGGCACAGCUGGUGGACGUGCAUGGUGUGGCGAUGGCACAACAGAUGCCGGCGGAGGGGCUCGACAGGCUGAGCGACGCCUUGAUAAAGGCGGAGGAUUACUUUGGCGGAAAGUUUGAAUAA